CUUCUUGCUUCUCCUCGCAUCUUCAUCUUCAGAAAUAUGGAUGUCAUGUACCGAUACUAGAUCACAAUACCGAUAACUGAUUAGCAAAGCGUGUUAUUAAACAGUCUCCUCUGCUUUGUGCACAAUCGUCAAUAUGGACUACGCCAACCUCCCAACCCCCGCCACUGCCGUGGCCGACUUCUGUCUUAUUCCCAUUGGCACCCCGACUGCAUCCGUCUCCGCGGAGGUCGCUGCAGUUCAGCGCCUCAUGAAAGCAAGUGGUCUGUCUUACACCAUGCACUCUGCUGGUACUACAGUUGAGGGCUCCUGGGACGAGGUCUUCCGCAUCAUCGGACAGGCCCACACGCUUGUGCAUAAGAAUGGCGUUCUUCGCGUCCAGACCGACAUCCGCGCUGGCACUCGCACAGACAAGAAGCAGCACUUCGCCGAGAAGGUAUCCAAGGUUGAAGCCAUCCUCGCUGCAGACGUGAGCACGAAGGCCGAAGGCGCAGCAGGAGGCAGCCACAUUGACGCCGAGGGGAACGAGGGCUACAUCGCCGGAGACGCGAAGGUGGGCGAGCCGGCCGCGAAGGCAGGCACCGCGAAGGCGUCGGAGAGUGAGAGCGAGGGUUCCUCCCCAGGCGGGACGCAAGUCGGGCCCGGAAAGGUCAAGGGCAAUUGGGCGAGUCUUCUCAAGAAGUAGAUCUUAGCCAGCUAGCAACAUCUCAGUGUUCAAUUACGCAUCUUGCUCAUCUUUCUUAUAACAUGCGUCCCCCGUGCCUGUCGGCGAGUUGCCCUCGCUCUCCUUCAAUACCUGCAUCUCCAUAUCUUCCCCACAACCCUCACAUGACCACAUAUAACGCUCCCAGCGCGCCGCAUCUUUAACGGGGGCACUUCGUCGGCGACAGGCCCCAGCCCGUCCGUCGAGCUCACAUAUAGCUCCACAUGCGCUGCUCGUGCAACAUACUACCACGCGCGAGGCGGGUGGGAGACACUCUAGGUAUGUGUCACGGUCAAGCCGCGGGCGGUAAAUUUUCAUGUCAUUCCCGUCAGCAUCUGUGCCGCCUAUUGCGAAACGGCGGGUGCGGGGGCUCAUGGUCUCGAGUAUGGGCCCAUAAGGCCAGUCGGCGAGGACAUGGACUGUGGGAGGGACGCCGAAGGGGUGAGUAUUGAGCUGCGGAAAAGGGGCGUCAGGGAAUUGGGGAGCUGGGGCGGUUGGGGUGUGUGGAGAGACGUUUUCAGGUGAGGAUUUGGGAUGGAUGGUGACUCGAGGAGGUACGGUGAUAGGACGCGUAAGGAAGGGGUUAACGUACUUGGGGACCGAGGUGGGUGAGUCUGGCAGUGCCAGGGCUGUGGCAAGGGUGCGGCGGGUAUGUGUCUGUUCGGAGCGUGGAUGGCGGAGGUUGGAGUUGACUGUCGAGUGACGCCUUGAUGGCUGUACUGCGGGAUUUGAAAUAUGGGAUUUGGCAGAUUUCGAGGGCACGGCAGUCGCCGAUGAGAGGAUGUCUGAGAAGAAGGUCUUGAACUUUGAAGCGGGGGUCCUGGGGCGGUCAGGCAUGCUGAUGCUUUGGUUUCUGGGUACUAUUGGCGUUUUGGGUGCGACUGGCGAAUAGGGGCCGUCCACCAUGGUGGCUGAAAGGGGGAGGGGUGUCCAUGGGUUAUCGGGGAUGGAGGUGUUACCGUCGAUAUCCUGGCCUGGCGGACGAGGCGGGAACCAUAGGCAUUGAGGAGGACCAACGUGCUGUGUGGGAUUGUAUGAGGAUUGUGGGGCAUCCGGGGGAGUUGGUUGGGCGGUGUUAGUGUCGAUUAUGGGUUGAUUGUGUGUCAAAACUGGACCGUUUUGCGAGGGAGGGUAGGUGGUUGUGUCCGUGCUGGGUUGGCUGGGUUGGCCGGGUUUGGGAUAUGAAGCGAAUAGCUCCGCAAGAGUCUUUCGGGCGGCAUUGUUUGGGACUUCCUCGAUUAUGCGGGGAGCCGUAGGAGGCGGUUGGUUUGCGAAGAAUUGGCGCGGAGGGGGGUUGGAGGUUGUGGAGGAGUCCGGGGGGAGUUCGUUGAUGAUCAUGAUUGUUAUAGUAUCGAAUGUUGCAGUUGGUGAUAUGUAAACUUUUGACGAUGGGUGGUUUGGUUUUCAAUUAUAAUAAUCCGAAAUCAAACUCUGCCAUUUCGAAGUCUGGCCGGGUUAUAUGUCACCGGAGAAGCUUUGUCUGAACGAUGUGCCUGUUCGUGGGAAUUGAACAAGGCAAAAUCCGACAUUCCAGCAGAAAAAGGAGAAGGAUCCAUGUUUCCAAAGCCCAUCAAAGAAUUUUUUUGAACGAAG